AUGAUUCUGUUCCUAUUCUGGUCGCUUCUCUUGCCAUUAUUACUAGCGACGUGUGUCUCGAAAAAGUCGCAGAAGAGCGGUACCACAAGUACUCGAGAUAUCUCUGAAAAAUCUGAAAAAUCUACCAAAACCCGUCGAGCAGGCACUUCUCACUCCGCACUACCCUCCGACAAGAGUGAACGAGCACUUUCCAGUGAGAAAAGUGUGAAAAAAGAGCGAAAUACGGCAAUCGAUUCGUUAAAAGUGCCACGUCAUCAUCGCCCGUCUGCCAACUCGUCGAAUUCUGGAAAAUCGCUGAAAACCGAAAAUAAAGCGUCGGUGGGCUCCGAGACGGACUCGGUGAAAACUGAAACUAUCGAAGUGCCACUUGGAAAAGCGGCGACGUGA